GCGUGCACGCAGUCGAACAGCGCCUGUGUUGAGAGUGGCACAUCUACAAAUCUUAGUCCACAAUACCGUCUCAUAUAAACUCAGUGUGGGAUUGCCUUUAUGCAUAAAAAAACAAUAAUGUGAGAACCCGAUGCAGACGUCGUAUCAUGGACGUUUAAUAGUAUCAACUGCUACUUUUUAUUUGUGUCAUACAUUUUUUAACAGGCCGUGAAAUCAUCGAUUUACACUAAACCCACGGAUACCUGGAUUGAGAUGCAGCAAUGUCCCGAGGAAUAUGCCCACGCGUACAUUUCUGGUCGAUGUUUUCAGUUAUGUUUCUGGUGAAAGUAGUGGAUGUUGGGGCAUACAGCUGUCAUGAGGUGAAGACCGCUUUCCAGGUGCGACAGAUCGGCCCACUGAAGUGGGUACCGGAGACUCCUGGGACAGAUGUGGAGCUGUUGGUGUGUAAGCACCAGGGCCCGUCCUGCUGCACCCGCAAGAUGGAGGAGAGCUACCAGCUGGCGGUGAGACGAGAGACCCUCCAGAAUGUCCGCUCCUACAGCUUUGAGCUGAAGUACCUCAUCUCCGGCCACGCCACCGCCUUCCAGGACACCUUCCAGUACCUGCUCUCCUUCUCCCAGGGCCACCUCUCAUCCCUUCUAGAGGACACCUACUCGCCCCUCUCCCGCGAGGCCCUCCCUCAUGUCAACGCCCUCUUCUCUUCCCUCUCCCUUUACAUCCGCGGACACAACCUCUCCCUCGAGGCCGCAAUCACACGUUUCUACGACAACCUCUUCCCACUCGUCUAUGUACGCUUGGUCAACCCCGGCAUGGGCGCGGCGGGCAAGAGGGGCGAGUGUCUCCGCGCGACCCGGCAAGAUGUCAACCCGUUUGGCCCUCAUCCCGAUACGCUUGCCCAAGAACUCAGGCGCGCCCUGGGCGCCGGGCGAGCCCUAUCCCUCGCUCUCGCCGAAGGAACCAAGGUCAUGAACGCCACAGAACACGUUUCCCUCACCAAAGAGUGUUUACGGGGCUUGACCAAGAUGCAGUACUGCUCGCACUGUCGCGGGCUGACGCUGAUCAAGCCGUGCAUGGGCUACUGCUUGAACGUGAUGCGCGGUUGCUUGGCGAGCGUGGCCGAACUGGAUGGGCCGUGGCGGAGGUAUGUGGCGGCACUGGAGGAGCUGACCCACGCUGUGGCUGGACAACACAGCCUGGAGCUUGCCCUGCUGGGGGUCAGGGGGCACGUGAACGAGGCUAUACUCCAUGCACAGCUCCACGGGCCAACACUGACCGCUACGGUAGAUAAAGUGUGUGGUCUGUCUGGUAAGGAGCCCACCACCAGCGUCCACCCUGACCCCACCCCAGAGUUCACGACCCCCACAGUGACAUCAUCAACCUCCCCUACCUCUAUCAUCCCCUCCAUUCCCCCACAGGAACAGCUGAUGGGAAACCUUGCCCACCUGAGGAGUUCAUUCACCCUGAAACACUCCAGGAAUGAUAAACCUAGAAGUCUGAAAAAGAUCUCUAGGGAGUUUCUGAGCUACGUCCAGCGCUACAAGUUGUUCUUCGCGGUGCUGCCGGAGAUGCUGUGUGAAGGAGAGACGGUGGUGGAGGACUUCACCUGCUGGAGCGGAGACGACGUGGUGGAGAGUUAUACAGGCAGAGUGGUGGGGAACGGUCUCCAGGCCCAGAAGCAGAACCCAGAGGUCAAAGUUCGCAGCCCUAACCCCGAACUGGCUGAGGUCAAGGAGAGGCUGGAGCGCUUCAACCAGGAGAUCCAGGACAUGCUGCCGGGGCUGGGCCAGAGAGAGUCCUGGGGGGAGCUGGGUAGCAGCGACACAGAGGACGGUAGUGGAGACUGCGACGAUGAGGACGGGUGUCAAGGAUCUGGAACGGGGGCAGUCAAGACCUUCACUGAUGGUCGACCCGGGGGGUCCAACAAUAAUAAAGCUGUAGGCAGUAACCCAGGAGGUCGUGCUCCCCCGGUGGUGAGGGUGAGAGGUGCAGGGUGCCCCCCUGCCUGCCUGUCUCUACCCAUGGCCCUCACCUUGCUCCUGGCCACUCUGGCUCUACAGUGGCGCCUGCUCUGAAAACACAGCAUAAUGCUCCUACUGGUCUGGCCCCUCUACACACACAGUACAGACUAGUCUGCGGGGGGAGGGGCAGUGUGGAUAAGGACAUUUGUGGGGGCGGAAAGGGAUUGUGUUGCCCCAUAGAGACGUGUGUGUGAACGAGCUCCUCACACACACUCAUACACAGGCAGAUUGUUCUGGUCCUCUGCCUGCUGCUUCCUGUGUGUAUGCUGUGGACUGGAGUGUGUGUGUCCAGGCACUAGCCUCCCUCCACAGCUCUAUUGCUCUCUGCUUUAACAAUGCACUCAUAUCUCUACCAGAGGACGGACUACCACGCAGGACUUCUGGGCCUCAAUAUACAACACACACUCAUGCGCAUGCUUGCACACACAAACACUAACACAGGCAAGCAUGCACACACACACACACACACACACACACACACACACACACACACACACACACACACACACACACACACACACACACACACACACACAAAAGA